UGAGCCUCAAGGAAGAAAAUAAUAGAUCUCCUUCUCCGUUCUCUGUGAUUGCGAUUUUGAUAAAAUAAAAAAAAUAAAAAAGGAAAAAUGGUUGGUUUCAGCGGCGAUGAAACUGCUCCAUUCUUCGGCUUCCUGGGAGCUGCGGCAGCCCUAGUUUUUUCCUGCAUGGGAGCGGCGUACGGAACGGCGAAGAGUGGGGUUGGGGUAGCGUCGAUGGGAGUGAUGAGACCUGAGCUUGUUAUGAAAUCAAUUGUGCCAGUUGUGAUGGCCGGUGUUUUGGGUAUCUACGGUUUGAUCAUCGCCGUCAUCAUCAGCACCGGCAUUAACCCUAAAGCUAAAUCUUAUUAUCUCUUCGAUGGUUACGCUCACCUUUCGUCUGGCCUCGCUUGUGGCCUCGCUGGCCUCUCUGCUGGCAUGGCCAUUGGCAUCGUUGGUGACGCCGGUGUUAGAGCAAAUGCCCAACAACCAAAGCUUUUUGUUGGGAUGAUUCUCAUUCUCAUCUUUGCUGAGGCAUUGGCGUUGUAUGGUCUAAUUGUUGGUAUCAUCCUUUCUUCCCGUGCUGGCCAAUCCAGAGCUGAUUAGUAUAAAAUUUCCUGUUUCCUGUAGCGCACAGAACCAUGGAUUGUGAAUGUUACCAGGGACUUGGGCUUGGUAAGAGUGCAGCUUUGUGAUGCUCUUCAUUCGUUUUAUGACUCUUAUCUACUCGUCAUAGAACUGAGGUUAACCAGAAAUAAAGCCUACCAAACUAUUUCUUUGGCACUAUUGUAUAUUUAAUUAUGUUGAUUUCAAACUAGAUUAGAGAUAUCUGUAAUAAAACAUAUGUUUGUGUUAAUUUAAAUUACGUUUAGUAUUGUGUCGUAUACUGGUCAACGA